AUGCCAAGCUUUAGUAGAGAAAGCUCUAGAAGAUCUGGUGUGUCCUCUGGCUGGGGCGAUUCUGAUGAAAGCUCGGCAGAUGAAUUUUCCAGAAAGGCCUCGAAGAAAAUUUCCAGAGGAGCUCUUUCGACAAAAAGCUCUCACUGGGGAGAUACAGACGAGUCAUCUGACGAUUCAAAGGUGAGGAGAAUCUACUCGCAGAAUCCUUCUCGCCAGCCGUCGAAAUUGUCCAGCUGGGGUGAUUCUGGAACAAGUUCCGAUUCCGAUGCCCCGGCUUAUGGAGGUGCUGUCAAACCAAAACCAAUAAGUGCACGAGCAAGUGCACGCGAAAAAAGCACGCUCUCACGAGCAUCAAAAUGGUCUGAUGAGGAGUCGGACGAGGAAGAGCAUCAUUUUUCGAAGAAAUCGAAAUCAAAGAAGAUCUCAAGCGUCUCAAAAUGGUCAGAUGAUCAAUCCGAAGCUUCCAUAAAAAGCCCACAACCAUCGAAAAAGUCGCCCGAGUCGUCAAAAAAAGAGCCCGAACCGGCAAGAAAAAGCCUCGACGAACUGAUGUCAAAAAUUUCUUAUGGCGAAUCGAGAAAUGAACCCUCCCGAAAAACAAGCAACAUGUCAAAAAGACCUGUUUCGCUUAGAGCACCAGAUAAAGCUCCACCAAAAUCGCCGCCAAAAGCAAAUCAAGAAAGUGAAGAAAAAAGAGAAACAUCAAUAAAGAAAAUUGAAAAGCUUUUGGAGAAAAAACCGGUUCUACCGACGCCAAAAUCAGAAAGCUCGAAUGAUUCUGAUAAAGAACAUUUUGUUCUUAACUCGACGAACUCAGAGAGGAAACAAGAAUCGUCUGAGGAUAAUCAGUCCCGAAGCUCUCGUGUCAAGGGAUCAAGAAUAUCCAAAAUCUCCAGGAUUUCGCAGUGGUCGGAUGAGGACUCCGACGAAGAAGAACCUCCUAAAAGCGAUCUGAAAGAUGAAACUGGGAAGCUCCCAAAGAGAGUUAAAGAAAUUUCAUCAAGCGGAUUGUCGAGGAAAAAUGCUAUUCGAGCUUCUGGGAGAUCGAGCUCUAGAAUUUCCUCGAAAGCAAAUGAGAAAAACGAGUCACAAGAGCUGUCUGAUUUGAUGAAAUUUUCCGCGAGCAACUCAUCUUCAUCGAAAUUUGAAGUGAAAGAAGAAAAAUCUGAAAUUCGACCAAAAACUCGCGCUCAAAUUCAACCAGAAUUUUCGACUGCUUCAAAAUGGUCAGACAAUGAUGAUUCCUCUGAUACAGAAGUAGAGAUGGACAAUAAACGAUUCUCGGAAAUCUUCAAAACUGAAGCAAACAUUCCCAUCAAGAAAGAAAAGUACGAGAAAUCAUCAAAAACACCACUGAUUCCAAAAUCAAACCAAGCUUCUGCUCUGUCAGAGUGGUCUGAUCAUGAGUCCGACAAAAUGAAAAUUCAAGAGAAGAAAGUUUCCUCCCUUUCAAAAUGGUCAGACAACGAGUCCGACAAACAUGAAUCCAGACGAUCUGAGUUUUCUAAAGCGGACAUAUCCGCCCUCUCAAAAUGGUCAGAUAACGAGUCAGAAAAGGACAAACCAAAAUCAAGAAUCUCAAUGGCCCAACUUUCUUCCCUCUCGAAAUGGUCGGACAACGAGUCAGAGAAAAAUGAGUCAAGGCGAUCCAAAGUUUCUAGAGCGGAAAUAUCCGCCCUGUCUAAAUGGUCAGAUAACGAGUCGGAUAAGAAUAAAUCCCUUGGAAAAUCAAGAAUAUCAAAGGCCCAAGUUUCGUCGCUCUCAAAAUGGUCUGUCAACGAAUCGGACAAAAAUGAAUCCAGACGAUCCAAAUUUUCUAGAGCGGAAAUAUCUGCCCUCUCAAAAUGGUCAGAUAAUGAGUCUGAAAAGGAUGAGUCGCUUAGAAAAUCAAAAAUAUCGAAAGCCAAAGUUUCAGCGCUGUCGAAAUGGUCGGACAACGAAUCGGAUAAACAAGAAAUUGAAAUCAAGGAAGAGAAACCUUCAACACCAGAAUGGAGAAAAAGGAUCAACAUCGACGAUUAUUUCGCUGUUUUCAACAGAAUGAGGGAAGAAAAAAACGCUCAGCCAAUCAACUCUUCAUCCCUUCAAAAAGAAAGUGAGACGAAGGAAGAACGAGAAAUUUCUGCCUUGUCUGCUUGGACGGAUAAACAAUCGGUGAACAGGUCAAAUAUUUCAAAAUGGACAGAUAAUGAGAGCGAUGACGAAAAUGAAAUGACACCGAAGAAUAUCCCACUGGCGAGAGCACUGGAUGUCCGGUCGAAGUCCUCAAAAUGGUCAGAUAAUCAGUCAGAAAUAAGAUCAGCCUUGUCGAAAUGGAGUGAUCAAGAAAGCAACGAUGAAAAUCAAGGGAAUAAAGAUCAAAAAAUAGAAGAAAACACUUGGCGAAAGGCCCCAAGCCGAGUAACAAGCAUAGAGAGCCGAGCGUCAUCAAAAUGGGGAACUCAACGCGGUUCCUCGGUCUACUCCUCUCACACGGAGGCUGAUUCCGCCAAUGUUUCAUCACUAUCAAAAUGGUCCGAUAAUCAGUCAGAAAAGCCAGAACUUUCGAAUCAAUCAGCAUGGACUGACGUUCUUUCUGAUCCUGAAAAGACACCAACAAAUGCUGCUCAACAAAGCGCUGAAAAUCAAAAAGUUGAAAUUGAAAACAAAGUCUCCCGACUUUCUUCCUGGACAUCAACAGUUUCUUCCAAGUGGGGCGACGUUCAGCGCUCAAAUAAUUCAUCGAUUCGUUCUAGCGAAUUAGCUUCAGGAACAUCUGGAGAGCACUCGCUAUCAAGUAAGCACUCUCUUCCUUCCUCUCGCCGUUCCCUGGAUUAUCCAAAAAAUGAUUUUGGUUCUCGCCUUUCCGAGGUUUCCGACAACAUUCAGCUUCUUGAAGAGGAACCGACAAAGCUCGGUCCGCCUCCUGUUCCCUAUCGGAAUCCCUCCUGGCGCGGCUCAUUCCGCUCUUCUGCGCUAGAAUCGACGAUCAUGACUCCUUACACGCAAGAUUUCACCCAAACACAAAGCGUCAUCGCCAGCCAAGGCCAGACAGUCCGUCAAAAACGCAUCAAACAAGCAAUAGAUUACACUAUUUUAGAAAUCUCAGAGCCAGACACAAUGGUAGAGCGAGAUUUCUCAUCCGGCUCCAACUGGACUGUCGAAAACUCUCAAAGAGUCGCGCCUGGAAGGAUGAAUAAGCUGAGCUCAAUCGACUCGAAUACGAAUCAAAAUCGAGCCAAUCCUUUCAUGAAUCCCUUCGAUGCGACUGUCGCUCAUAAAGAAUCUCCACCACCAGCGAUUCCUAAAUCUGCGGUUCCCAUGUCCUCCGGCACCGACUGGACAGACACUGAAGCAAAGCUCACCAAAGAAGAGGAAGCGAUUCCCGCGAAAUAUCUCAUGACAACUGACAACAUCGAAUCCGAUCCUGACGAUUAUGUGAAUCAGUUCAACAGCAAAGCCAUCAAUGCAGAUAAUGACUUUGGCCCGAUUAAUGACGAUACCUCCUUAAUUGACGUUGACAUGGAGCUUCCACCAAAACAAAUGGUCGAAAUUGUUCCGAAGAAAAAAGGUCUCUGCGGCGCUUCCUGCUCCGGGAGAAGCAACAAGAGCGUUUGGGAAAGUAUCAAAAGUGCAACAAAACUCUGUAAAAAAUAG